CACAUGAUGAUAAACUUGAUUUGAUCAACUCUUGCAAAUAGGAAGAAACAGGAAUUUUUCUUUUCAAAUGCUUGAUGGUAGAUAAAAAUUACUGUAGACUUGCUCAAGAGAGUGAUGUUGAAUUUGAAUGUUUAGUUGAACAGAAAAGGAUAUUAAAACAUGGUUUGAAUGUUUAGUUGAACAGAAAAGGAUAUUAAAACAUGGAGGAUGAAGAUUUAAAACAGUUGCUGGAUCGGGUAGAGAGGAUCGCUCGAUGUCCAGUGUGCCUGGAGUUGGUCAGAGCACCAAUCGUCUUGUGUGUCAACGGACACGUAACUUGCGGCCGGUGUAGGAAUAAUGCUGGCAACUGCCAUGUGUGUCUUCAACCGUUCAGUGACGUCUCUUCCAGGGUCUUGGAGGAGGUGCUGUCAGCGUUGCCACAGCUCUGUCCUAAUGAAAUGUGUGGGGUUGUUACUAUCUUGGAUAAUCACUCUAAGUACUGUGUUUACAGACAGAUAAAGUGUACCAAUUGUCAAUGGUUUGGAGCCGUCAUUGAGUGGAUUGAACAUGUUAAAACACACAAUUCCAGUGUUCUAAAAUUAAAUGUCACCAAAUGCUUAUACAUCAACGAUUUCCUGGACGGUUGGAAAUCUAAGUAUUUCAAUUAUCCAAUCGAAGACCAACAUUUUAUUUUUAAAUGUUGGAAGAAAGGAAACAAAUUGUAUCACAGCUUCAGACAUGUUAUGUGUGAGAGAUCUAGUGUUGAGUACGGUGUGAUAUUUGAGUACAAUCGUGGCCAGCAAACUGUGUAUAAAACUUUUGUCGAAGUCCUACCAUACGAAGAUGAUGAGUCCAUGGAGACAAAUGCAGCUGUUUUUCCUAUCCAUGAAUUGAAGGAACUAGUUAGUGAGAAAGGCAGUUUGCCAAUCUCUAUCACAGUAAAAACUCUUUCUUCAGGGAAAGUAGAAUAACUGUGUGAAACCUUUUGUUGCACAUUUGUAUAAGAAAUAAAAUAACACAAGCGAGGAUUUUUUAAUAAUUU